AUGGGUUCAAAGACACCCGAAGACCAGAUUCCCGGAGGCAAUGGCGGGCCCACUUCGUCCGGCAUUUCCUCCGGCGGAGAGCCGCGCGGCGUGCACCUCUCCCGUGACGGGGACGGCAGUCUCGGCGACGGAGGUGAUGGCGACGGCGAUGAUGAUGAGGGAGAUGAAGCUGUCGCUGGCGCCGGAUCGCUGAAGAAAGCUGCUGCUGCAGACGAUGACAAUGAUGACAACGAGGACAAUGGACCUAAGAAGAAGAAACGAAAGCCGAGAAAGAAGAAGAAGAAGGCUUCCGCCGCGGCGACUGCUACGAAGCAAUCUGACCCUCCGAGGGUGCCGCUGAGCGACCUCUUCCCUUCUGGCUCAUACCCGGCCGGUGAAGCGCAGGCUUACACCAAGGCCCGGGAUGCGGCUACGGCUACGGGUGCAGGCUCGGACAUGAACACCGCGCGCACCACGGCUGCGGAGUUGCGGUACCAGUCCCGCCCGCACCUCGAGGACCCGAGCCUCCUGAAUGACUACCGUAAGGCCGCCGAGGUUCAUCGGCAGGUUCGGCAGUGGGUUCAGGAUACGGUGAAGCCUGGUAAGCAGACUCUGCUCGAGAUCGCUACGGGGAUCGAGGACGGUGUGAGGAGCUUGCUGGGGAACCAGGGGCUGGAGGUGGGUGAUGCGUUGAAGGCUGGGAUGGGGUUUCCUACGGGACUUUGUCUUAACCAUGAGGUUGCGCAUUACACGCCGAACCCGGGGCAGAAGGACGUGGUGUUGAAGUAUGAGGACGUGAUGAAGGUUGAUUUUGGGGUGCAUGUGAAUGGAUGGAUCGUGGAUAGUGCGUUUACGAUGAGUUUUGAUCCGGCGUGGGAUAGUUUGUUGGCUGGGGUGAGGGAUGCUACGGAGAGCGGGAUCAAGACUGCCGGUAUCGACGUCCGCAUCUGCGACGUCAGCGCCGCUAUCCAGGAGACGAUGGAGAGCUACGAGGUCGAGGUCGGCGGCAAGAUGUUCCCCGUCAAGCCGGUGCGGAACAUCUGCGCGCACGAUAUUGCGCGGUACCAGAUCCAUGCGGGCAAGUCCAUUCCAUUUAUCAAGAACAAUGAUGAGACCAAGAUGGAGGAGGGGGAGAUUUUUGCGAUUGAGACGUUUGGGACGACUGGGCGGGGAAAGUUGUACGAUGAUGCCGGUAUCUAUGGAUACAAGCUGGACUUCAAUGCCCCUGCCCAGGUCAAGUUGCCGUUUGCCUCUGCGAAUCGUUUGUAUAAGACGAUCAAGGAGCAAUUUGGAAGUAUUGUCUUCUGCCGCCGAUAUCUUGACCGUCUCGGUAUGGAUCGCUACCUGGCUGGUUCGAGGGAAUGA